AUGCCUGCUCUUUACCGGAGGCACAUGUCCGGCUCGGAGGUUGGCCAGGGUGGAGAGUCUUCGGAAAGGGCACCACCCAACCAAGAAGCCUUUGUGUGGCUUUCGAUUCUGCCCACGGGGCUUGGACCCACGACCCCCUCCAUCCUGCAGAAUCAAUGGAUAAGAGUCAAGGACAUCUAUGAGCACCGACAUACUGAAGGAGCCAACGGCCCUUCCUGUAAUGGGCGAGCCCGCGGUAAACGGAAUCGACGGCGGUGCCCCCAAGAUCCCUCGACCGAGGCGCCGACCCAUGUCAAUGGCACGUCUACCGGCAUCGUCAAGAAGCCAGUCGUCGACGUCUCCGUGGCGCUCAAGGCGAAUAAUCUUGACAGCGUAGCAGAGCUCACGCAGGAGAUAUCCAGUCUCGGCGCGCAAGUUUCCGGCGGUGAUGAGCAGGCUCGUCUCGCCCUCGUCGAAAAGGCGCGUUCCCUCGUGCGCGCCUUGGAGACGCCCCGAGAAACCAUGAUCAAGCACUGCUGGGCCCAGCCGUCUGCCAUGGCGGCACUCACUGUCGGGUCCCAAGACCUGGCCCACAAGAUUGGCGUCGACCCUUCUCUACUAUCCCGACUCAUGCGCCAUCUCGGAUCCAUGGGCUAUAUCCAAGAGGUCGACACCGACACUUACCAGCCGACCAAUUUUUCCAGCUCCCUCACCAUCCCCAUCAUCGGUGAUGGAUACCCAUGCCUUUCCGGAGGCCUCAUGGCGUCUCUAUCAAAAUUCCCAGAGUACGCUAUGAAGAACGGCUACAAGACGCCGCAGAGCAUCUCGGACGGCUCUCUCCAGUACGCCUACAACACCAAGCUCAACAUGUUCGAGUACCUGCACGCCAACCCGCCCCACGGGUUCCAAUUCAACCACCACAUGGGCGGCUACCGCCAAGGCCGCCCGUCCUGGAUGGACGACGGCUUCUACCCGGUGAAGGAGCGGCUGAUUGACGGCGUCGAGUUCGGCGAGGGCGACGCGCUCCUGGUUGAUAUCGGCGGCGGCAUGGGCCACGACCUGGCCGAGUUUCGACAGAAACACCCGAACGCGCCUGGUCGAUUAAUCCUGCAGGAUCUCCAGCCCGUCCUCGGCCAGAUCAUCGAUCUCGAUAGCAAGAUUGAGCGGGUGGAGUACGAUUUCCAUACGGAGCAACCCAUCAAAGGAGCUCGUGCGUACUACAUGCACUCUUGCCUGCAUGACUGGCCGGAUGAGAUCGACGUUCAGAUCCUCGCUCGUAUCAAGGAGGCCAUGAAGCCCGGCUACAGCCGCCUUUUGAUCAACGAAAACGUGAUCCCUCCCCGCCACGCGCAGUGGGAGGCCACGGCCCUUGAUAUCAUGAUGUUGACGUUGCUGAGCUCUCGGGAGCGGACGGAGGGCGAUUGGAGGCUUCUUCUGGAGGAGAUGGCUGGGCUGCGGAUUAGCGGGAUCUAUACUGCAGCGAAUGGCGUGGAGAGCAUCAUUGAGUGCGAGAACGGCCAACCCGUGGAACAAGCCAUUGCACCCAGCCAAACCUUUAGCAUCGACUUUCGCAUGCGCGACGAGCAAGAGGCCACCUCGGCCUUCGACUCACUCAUCCAAAUGCACGAAGAGUGCCUAGGCGACCUGAUCGCCCCCGCGACUCAAAGCUCCGACGACGCUCGCGAAUUCCUCCCCUCGCCGCCCUCGUCCGUCUCCUGCGCGGCCGCCGCGACGAGCUGGACGCGCAGCAUCCAGUCGUUUUGCCUGCAGCCGCAGUUCAACGUCGAGUCGGCGACCACGCUGCUCGAUUCCUUCCGCAGGAUGCUGCCCUAUUUCCCUUGCAUCGUGCUCGGGGACGGGGAGACGGUCAAGUCCAUGUCGCGAGAUCGGCCUUUUGUCCUGCUGGCGAUCCUCGCCUGCACGAGUAGCAGCAGGACGCUACAGGGCCACGGGCUGUACGACGAAGAAUUCAGAAAGGUGUUGGCUCUCAAGGUGGUUGCCGGUGGCGAGCGAAGCCUGCAGCUUCUUCAGGGGCUUCUCGUCUAUUGCGCGUGGUACCCCUUUCACCUUCGGUUCAAGGAUAAGCGUAUGGAGGAUGCCAGGGCAUAUCUGGCCAGCUACUACAUAAUCUGCACGCUGUCAGUUAUACGGACCUGGGCCUCGUGGGAACCACCUUCAUACACAUCGUGGACAUCCACAUGCGUCGAAGCCUUCCUAUCUUCCACCCGCCCAGACGACGUCGUCCUCGCUCACCUCGCCCGCCACGCUUACGUAGCCCGGGAAGUCGCAGUGAUGUCCAAAACAUCCAACGGCGAGGGCCGCGAAGCCCACUUCAUGACCCUAGGCCUAGAAGCACAGCUCCGCGAGUGGCAGACCCUGGGCCCCGCGGGCGCGGACGCCUCGCCAGCCGUGGUGCUGGGGAACCUCUUCGUCGAGGUCUUCCUCUACUGCCACGAGCUGUGGAAAGCGCCGAGCGGCAAGACGCCGGGCAAGGUGUCGAGCCAGCUCAGCAGCAGGAUCUGGGCGUCGGUUCCGCUCAUGAAGAGGCUGUUUGACGUCGCGGCCGAGCUCGAGCACGGCGACUUUUCCGCCUUGGAGUGGGUCAAGGUCAUUACGUGCCUUAUCGUGGGGACCAAGUUGUGCUUCCCGCUAAGGGAGCUGCCCGGGUGGGAUCACCGCCGGACUAGGUCCGAGCUCAGGUACGCCGAGUGCUUGGAGAAGAUUUGCCGUGCGGGGGCGGGAGAGGAGGACGGUGCCCCGGCGGAUGACUUUGCGUCAGUCCCGAAACGAGCACCGGAUAUUAAAUCCGCUAGCCAGAUCAUAAUAAGGGUGUUGCUGAGAAAGUACAAGGAUAGGAUCGCCAAGGAGGAGCGCGCGGAGGUGGAUAAGAGGCAUAGGUGUCCGAUGAUGGAUGGGAGCCUGGACGAGUACUUGCACUUGUGGGACGACAUGCCGAUGACGAUGCCCGGGAUGGGGACGCUGGAUAACUUUGCGACGCACGCUGCGGUGGUCGAGGUGCCGAGGAUACAGGAGUCUUCCGUGGUUGAGGCUGCGUUGGGGACUCAGGAGGUGCCGGCUGCACAGACAAGUCCUCGGCGGAUAUACCACGAUCUAUGGGCGACAAUGACGCUAGGCUGGGGCGAGCAAAUACCUCGAGAUCGCCAGCGGCCUCCCGUCGACUUGGUCAACGCCAGCCCUACCGUGCAAAUCGUCUACAUCAACGGCACCGCCGACGACGGCAGCGAUGCCGGCAAGGGCGUCAUGGCCCUCACGUCGGGCGCCAAGCUGCUGGCCACGCACCGCAUCUCGGACCCCGAGGUGCAGGCCGGCAAGCUCGACAUCCUCUUCAUCCCGGGCCCCGAUCCGCGCAGCGGGUUCGCCGAAGCGACGCUCCAGUUCGUGCGGGACCACCACGCCAACGCGAACACGGACGUGCUGAGCGUGUGCAGCGGCAUCUUUUGUGCGGGGACGCGGGGAUCCUCGACGGGCGGCAGGCGGGCCAUCACGAACGGAAAUGAUCUCAUGGCUGCGUAUUGCCGAACGGGCAAGCAUUUCGCGGUGCCGCUGGUCGACAUCGCGUGCAAGAUGGCGGAUGUCGGCGACCGGCCUCAGGAGUAUGGACAGGACCGCGAAGUGUAUAACAUCGAAUUUGCCGAGAAGAAGUAG